AGCUGUAUUACCUGAUCGCUAGGUUCUUGCAGUCCGGACCCUGCAACAAAUCCGCUCAGGUGCUAGUGCAGGAGCUGGAGGAGCAUCAGCUGAUUCCGCGCCGCUUAGACUGGGAGGGGAAAGAGCACCGCAGAAGCUUCGAGGAUCUGUUUGCAGCCAAUGCACAUAUUCCUCCAGACUACCUCCUUAAAAUUUGUGAGCGGAUUGGUCCUUUACUAGAUAAGGAGAUCCCUCAGAGUGUUCCUGGGGUACAGACAUUAUUAGGUGUCGGUCGGCAGUCUCUGCUACGGGAUGCUAAAGACUGUAAGAGUACACUAUGGAACGGGUCUGCUUUUGCAGCUCUACAUAGAGGCAGACCUCCAGAACUACCUGUAAAUUAUAUGAAACCUCCAAAUGUGGUGAAUAUCACCUCUGCCAGGCAAUUAACCGGAUGUAGUCGCUUCAGCCAUAUUUUUCCUUCAUCUGCUUACCAGCACAUUAAGAUGCAUAAAAGAAUCCUGGGACACUUGUCAUCUGUCUACUGUGUAGCAUUUGACCGAAGUGGGAGAAGAAUUUUUACAGGUUCAGAUGACUGUUUGGUGAAAAUCUGGGCUACAGAUGAUGGACGCCUGCUUGCUACACUUCGAGGGCACUCUGCUGAAAUUUCUGACAUGGCUGUUUACUAUGAAAACACUCUCAUUGCUGCAGGCAGUUGUGAUAAGGUUGUAAGAGUAUGGUGUCUUCGAACUUGUGCCCCUGUUGCAGUCCUUCAGGGACACUCAGCUUCUAUUACUUCCAUACAGUUUUUGUCAUCAACUAAAGGCACAACCAGAUACCUCACUUCUACUGGUGCUGAUGGAACAAUCUGUUUCUGGCAAUGGCAUGUAAAAACAAUGAAGUUUCGAGAUCGCCCAGUGAAAUUUACUGAGAGAUCCAGACCUGGAGUUCAGAUAUCUUGUUCAUCUUUCAGUUCUGGUAUGUGUAAAAAUGGAAUGUUUUCCAUCACAGGAAUCACUUUCUAUGUGUUAAGAAUUUUUACUAAUUUGGGCCAGCAGGUGGCAUAUUCUUUGGCGGCAUUAAAGUCACAUACGGACAAAGUUGUUGCUGUUCAGUUCUGUAACAAUGGAGACAGUUUAAGAUUUGUUAGUGGAAGUAGAGAUGGAACAGCAAGAAUUUGGCAAUAUCAACAACAAGAAUGGAAGAGUAUAGUGCUAGAUAUGGCUACUAAAGUGACUGGGAAUAAUUUGCCAUCUGGAGAAGACAAGAUCACUAAACUUAAAGUGACUAUGGUGGCCUGGGAUCGCUAUGACACCACAGUUAUUACUGCAGUGAACAAUUUUCUUUUGAAAGUAUGGAAUUCUAUCACAGGACAACUUCUUCAUACUUUAUCUGGUCAUGAUGAUGAAGUAUUUGUUUUGGAAGCACAUCCAUUUGAUCAAAGGAUUAUACUUUCGGCUGGUCAUGAUGGGAACAUUUUCAUUUGGGACCUUGACCGGGGGACCAAAAUUCGAAAUUACUUUAACAUGAUUGAAGGCCAAGGCCAUGGUGCAGUAUUUGAUUGUAAAUUUUCUCCAGAUGGAAACCAUUUUGCUUGCACAGAUUCUCAUGGGCAUUUACUGCUUUUUGGUUUUGUAUGCAGUAAAUAUUAUGAAAAGAUUCCAGAUCAGAUGUUCUUCCACACUGAUUAUCGACCUCUUAUCCGUGAUGCCAAUAACUAUGUAUUGGAUGAACAAACCCAGCAAGCACCUCACCUCAUGCCUCCCCCAUUCUUGGUUGAUGUUGAUGGAAAUCCUCAUCCCACAAAAUUCCAGCGACUAGUACCAGGACGGGAAAAUUGUAAAGAUGAACAACUUAUACCACAGUUGGGAUAUGUGGCUAAUGGUGAUGGUGAGGUGGUAGAACAGGUAAUUGGGCAGCAAACCAAUGAUCAUGAUGAGAGCAUACUUGAUGGAAUUAUCAGGGAGCUACAGAGAGAGCAAGAUCUGAGACUAAUUAAUGAUGGAGAUGUUCCACAUUUUUCAGUUAAUAGAUCAUACUCUGUUAAUGGUGCUCUGAGGAGUCCAAAUAUGGACAUAUCUUCCCCCAAUAUUGGGCUUCGACGUAGUGGUCAAGUUGAAGGUGUCCGGCAAAUGCACAACAAUGCUCCUCGGAGCCAGAUGGCCACUGAACGAGAUCUCAUGGCAUGGAGCAGACGAGUAGUAGUCAAUGAACUAAAUAAUGGGGUUAGUAGACAGGGAAACAAAGAAUGUCGAACUGCAAAGGGUGACAUCGAAAUUAGUCUUUAUAUAGUUGAAAAGAAGAAAAAGCCAUCUUAUACUAUCCAACGGAAUGAUUAUCAACCUAGCUGUGGGCGGUCUUUACGAAGGACACAGCGCAAACGUCAGCAUGCUUACCAAACACGUUCUAACAUAGAACAUAAUUCUCAAGCAUCAUCUCAAAAUUCAGGUGUACAAGAAGACUCAGACAGCUCCUCAGAGGAAGAUGAAACUGUUGGCACAAGUGAUGCUUCCGUAGAGGAUCCUGUUAUCGAAUGGCAAAGUGAAAGUUCUUCCAGUGAUUCAUCAAGUGAAUAUUCUGAUUGGACAGCAGAUGCUGGAAUAAAUUUACAACCUCCAAAAAGACAAACCAGACAGGCAACACGGAAAAUAUGCAGCAGCUCUGAGGAAGAGAAUUUAAAAUCACAAGAAGAAAGGCAAAAGAAACCUAAACAGACUAGAAAGAAGAAAGGAGGACUGGUUUCUAUGGCAGGUGAGCCCAAUGAAGAAUGGUUUGCCCCUCAGUGGGUCUUGGAUACCAUACUUAUCUAUUUUAGGCAAGGACAUGAAGCUUAUGUGCGGGCUGUAAGGAAAUCAAAAAUAUAUAGUGUUAAUUUACAAAAACAGCCAUGGAACAAAAUGGAUCUCAGGGAGCAAGAAUUUGUUAAGAUUGUAGGAAUCAAAUAUGAGGUUGGACCACCUACACUGUGCUGCUUGAAGCUUGCAUUUCUGGACCCCAUUUCAGGCAAAAUGACUGGAGAAUCAUUUUCUAUUAAGUAUCACGACAUGCCAGAUGUCAUUGACUUCCUUGUGCUACAUCAGUUUUAUAAUGAAGCCAAAGAAAGGAACUGGCAGAUUGGUGAUAGAUUCCGGAGUAUAAUAGAUGAUGCCUGGUGGUUUGGGACGGUGGAAAGUCAGCAGCCGUUUCAACCAGAGUAUCCUGAUAGUUCUUUCCAGUGUUACAGUGUUCACUGGGACAAUAAUGAGAGAGAAAAGAUGAGCCCUUGGGAUAUGGAGCCAAUUCCAGAAGGAACUGCUUUUCCAGAUGAAGUUGGUGCUGGUGUUCCUGUGUCCCAGGAGGAACUAACUGCUUUGCUAUACAAACCCCAGGAAGGAGAGUGGGGAGCUCAUUCCAGAGAUGAAGAAUGUGAACGGGUUAUUCAGGGCAUCAACCACCUUCUUUCCCUGGAUUUUGCCAGCCCUUUUGCUGUUCCAGUCGAUCUCAGUGCCUACCCCUUGUAUUGUACUGUAGUUGCUUAUCCAACUGACCUCAACACCAUCAGGCGAAGACUUGAAAAUCGCUUUUACAGGAGAAUAUCAGCGUUAAUGUGGGAGGUACGUUACAUUGAGCAUAAUGCCAGGACUUUCAAUGAGCCAGACAGUCCUAUAGUUAAAGCAGCCAAAAUUGUAACAGAUGUCUUACUUCGAUUUAUUGGGGAUCAGAGUUGUACUGAUAUACUGGAUACUUAUAAUAAAGUUAAAGCAGAAGAACUAAACAGUACUGAUGCAGAGGAGGAUACAGAAAUGGUUGACUUAGAUUCAGAUGGUCCUGGUACUUCAUCUGGAAGAAGGGUUAAAUACAGAGGCAGAAGACAGUCCUUAAAGUGUAAUCCUGAUGCAUGGAAAAAGCAGUGCAAAGAAUUGUUGAGCCUUAUUUAUGAACGUGAAGAUUCAGAGCCAUUUCGACAGCCAGCUGAUCCUCUUUCUUACCCAGGAGGACAUCAUGAACAAGAGGGAGACUCCUCAGAGUCAGCUGUUCCAGAAAGACAAGAUCCCUCCCUUUCUGAGGAUUAUCAAGAUGUCAUAGACACUCCUAUGGACUUCAGCACUGUGAAAGAAACAUUGGAAUCAGGAAACUAUGGUAGCCCUCUGGAAUUUUAUAAGGAUGUUCGCCAAAUAUUCAGCAACUCCAAAGCUUAUACCUCUAAUAAAAAAUCCAGGAUUUAUAGCAUGACACUGCGACUAUCUGCCUUAUUUGAAAGUCAUAUUAAAAAUAUCAUCUCGGAAUAUAAGUCAGCAAUCCAGAGUCAGAAGAGGAGAAGACCACGGUACAGAAAACGUCUGAGAAGCAGCAGCAGUUCAUUAUCUAGUAGCAGAGCUCCUAGUCCAAAAGGGAAACAGAAACAAGUGAAGUUGCAGCCUAAAAAUGACCAGAAUACCUCAGUGUCUUAUGCCAGGACUAGCUCUCCUUUCUCAUCUCCUGUUUCAGAUGCUGCUGAAGGGCUUUCACUAUAUAUUCUUGAUGAUGAACUGGAUGGGCCAUUUUCUUCAUCUAGCUUCGGUGGGCAUAGUCGAAGUGGAAAUAAUCAUGACCCAGGCAAAGCCAAAUCAUUCCGGAAUAGAGUUUUGCCAGUUAAGCAAGAUCACUCUCUUGAUGUACCCAUUACAAAUGGUGACGGCAGAGAGCAUCGGACAGGAAUCAAGAGAAAACUACUUAGUGCAUCAGAAGAAGAUGAAAGCAUGGGAGGAGAAGAGAAAGAGAAAAAAGAAACAAAGGAGAAAUCACACUUAUCCUCCUCAGAAAGUGGAGGAUUAGGAUCCAGUUUAAGCUCUGAAAGUACUUGUGGUUCUGAUUCUGACUCUGAAUCAACUUCCAGAACAGAUCAAGAUUACGUGGAUGGAGACCAUGACUAUAGCAAAUUCAUACAAACUAGACCUAAAAGAAAACUCAGAAAGCAGCAUGCCAAUGGAAAAAGAAACUGGAAGACAAGAGGCACAGGAGGAAGAGGCAGAUGGGGAAGAUGGGGUAGAUGGAGUAGAGGAGGC